CACUAAACCGGCCACUUUGGUCUUCAGUUUGGCUAAUUCCAAAGCUGCCCACAUUGAGUGCAUUUACUUGCGGUUUUGUACUCCGAUUACGACGCGUCAGAAGCAAAAAAGAAGAGUGAAAACCAGGCGCAAAAUGGGUUCGUCGUCCUUAACAAUUUCAACGGCACCUAAACUACGACCUCGGGUACCCCAACCAUUCAGCUCAAUAGUCCCACCAUUUCAAUUACAUCUCCUAAGCGGAAGAAGUAAAGAAAAUAAAGUAGGGCCUCUAAUCAUGUGUUGCUCCAAUUCAAAUUCUACUGCUUCUUCCUUUCCAACAGCAAUUGAAGAACUAGCAGAAGAUUCUUCUUCAUUCGCAGCAACAAACAUGUCGAAUCCUGCUCCAAUUGUUAGAAAACGAAAGAGAUACAGGAAGCCGUACCCAGGAGAGCUCAAGGGUAUAACCGAAGAGAUGAGAUUCGUUGCCAUGCGGCUUCAUAAUAUUAAAGGCAAAUAUACCCACAACUCCAAAACCAGCAGCCGAAGUGACGAUGAUAAAAACGAUGAUUAUAACUCUCCAAACGACGCCGCUUUAGGUAAAGAAGAUGGUGAAAGUUGUUGGGAAGCCAGUAUGGAAGGGUUCCUAAACUAUCUUGUUGACAGUAAACUCGUUUUCCAGACUAUAGAGCGUAUUGUUGAUAAAUCCGAAGAUGUUUCUUAUGUUUAUUUCAGAAGAACUGGUUUGGAACGGGCAGAGGGUCUUGCACAAGACAUACAGUGGUUUACCCAACAACACAAGGAUACGGUGAUACCUGAGCCUACUUCUGUUGGACUGACUUACGCCAAGUAUUUGCAAGAGCUUGCUGACAAGAAUCCUCCCUUGUUCCUCUGCCAUUUCUACAAUAUAUACUUCUCUCAUUUAGCAGGUGGUCAAGUUAUUGCAAAACAGGUCUCUGAGAAGCUCCUGGAAGGCAGAGAGCUAGAAUUCUACAAAUGGGAGGGAGAUGAACAAGAACUGCUCAAGGGUGUUCGAGAGAAUCUCAAUAUGCUCGGAGAGCACUGGUCUCGCGAUGUGAAAAACAAAUGCUUAAAAGAAGCAACAAAGUCAUUCAGGCAUAUGGGGCAGAUAGUCAGGUUGAUCAUCCUAUGAACCAAACUUGGAUACAGAUGCAGCAGUUUUUGAAGUGUGUUCUUGGUGAGGCUGCUAUUAAUUGCUACCUUGUUUUAGUCUUGCAUUUUGAUUGAGCUGAUGUUUAUGCAUAUUAUUUACCCCGUCAACCAUCAGUUUAAUCUUGUAAUGUUAGUGCCCAUAAAUUCUUCGAUUUAAAUAUUAAUUUGCCUCCCAAA